CGAGCGCUGAUGUGUUUUGCAGCGUCGAUGACGCCCUGCCCACGUUAUUUUCCUCUUGGUCAUGUGUUCGUUUUUUUUUCCCCUCUCUCUUUCUCUGUGGAGCAAUUUCUCGUCUUGAUAAGACUGAAUUCGCAAGGCUUUCUGUAUUACAGAAACUCUACAUGGGGAAUAUAACAAUGUGUUGAAGAUGUUUGGAAAUGGCUGUACAGCGUCCUGCGCUUUUACUUUUGCUGCUUCGUUUCGGUUCGGGAUAAGCUCCGUCAUGGAUUUUGAAAAGUGCGAUUGACUUCGAGUACAGCGAGAAUGUCCGUUUAGUAGCCUGCGCUUGUGUUCUUUUCAGGAGUCUUGGUCUAAAUGGGUCCAGUCAUGCCUCCCAGUAAGAAGCCGGAGAAUUCCGGGAUCAGUGUUUCCAGUGGAUUAAGACCAUGUUAUCCAGGUAGCUCUCUAACUAAGACUCUUGAGGAAGUAGAGGAGCUGGACCUAACACUGCCUACUGUCAAAUCAGAAAAGGGGGCCAUGGAGGAUGAAGAGUUAACAAACUUGAACUGGCUGCAUGAGAGCAAAAAUUUGCUCAAUAGUUUUGGGGACCCAGUCUUGCGUAGUGUUAGCCCUGUUCAGGAUAUUGAUGAUGAUACUCCACCCUCCCCUGCUCAUUCUGAUCUGCCCUAUGAUGCUAAGCAAAACCCAAACUGCAAACCACCAUAUUCUUUCAGCUGCCUAAUCUUUAUGGCAAUUGAGGAUUCUCCUUCCAAGAGACUGCCAGUAAAGGAUAUAUAUAAUUGGAUCCUGGAACAUUUUCCCUACUUUGCUAAUGCUCCGACAGGGUGGAAAAAUUCUGUGAGGCAUAAUUUGUCAUUAAACAAAUGUUUUAAAAAGGUGGACAAAGACAGAAGUCAGAGUAUUGGAAAAGGAUCUUUAUGGUGCAUAGAUCCAGAGUACAGACAAAAUCUUAUUCAGGCUUUGAAAAAGACACCUUAUCACCCAUACUCCCAGGUGUUUAAUACACCUCCCACAUCACCUCAGGCAUAUCAGAGCUUGUCAAGUCCCCCAAUUUGGCCAGGCAGUCCAUUCUUUGGAAAAAAUGGAGUUCUUCUACAAGAUCCUGACAUUGAUGCUGCCGCUACCAUGAUGCUUUUGAAUACUCCAGAUCUACCAGCUACUCUCCCUCAGGGAGUAAUUCAGAAUGGAACUCGCAUGCUAAGUCGAGGGAUAUUUGCCGACAUCAGACCACUGCCAAUCAACCCUAUUGGAAGCCGAGCAUCUGCAGUAAGGAAUGUAUUUUCAAGCAUACGCAUGAGAAGUGAUAGUGAGCCUUCCUGUGGUUCUCCAGUUGUAAGCAGCGACCCCAAGGAGGAUCACAAUUACAUCAGCGCCAAAUCUUCUAAUUGUAGAAGUACCUCUCCCACCAGCAACUCAACUUCUUCCUCUGCAGACGACCAUUAUGAAUUUGUUGGAAAAGGAAGUCGUGAAGGGAGUGAAAUUAGUGAGGUUAGUUUCCAAAGCAAUGAAAGUCACAGUGAAACUGAAGAAGAGGACAAAAAACAGAUUAAAAAAGAGGCAAGGGAUUCUUUAGCUGAUAGUGUCUGUUUGACCCAGCACAAGAAAAGGCAACAUUUGACAAAAGCAAAGCAGAAGAUUUCCAGUGAUACACUGCCUUUGAAAAAGAGGCGUACAGAAAAACCACCAGAGAGUGAUGAUGAGGAAAUGAAAGAAGCAGCCGGCUCCCUCCUACACUUGGCAGGAAUCAGGGCCUGUUUAAACAAUAUCACCAAUCGGACGGCAAAGGGGCAAAAAGAGCAGAAGGACUCUAUAAAAAAUUAGGACUGUAACUUCGGUUUUAAAGGAAUUUACAAUUUAUUUUUCAGGACAUCAGGUGAAUUAUAAUGAUUUGUGGCAAUAUCAACAAUCACUUUGUUUUCCUAUCCUUUAGAUUAUUAUUUUGUUUGAUUUUUUUUCUUUUAUUUCUUUUUUUAAAGGAGAUUAAAGCCAUAGCAGAACAUUUACUGAUGCUCAGCUAAUUUAGAAACAGAUUAUACUGUCUGAAGAAGUUUAAAAACAAAAUAAUGAAUCUGCCAAACUUGCUGCACAUUUCUCUGAUUGGCCCAGCUGCUAUUGAAGCUCAAAAUGAGCACAACAAUUUUGUCUUAUUAAUUGGUUAAAUGACAGCAGAAGAAUCCUUGUAGCAAUUCAAAAUUUAGAAUGCAGCCAAGAGUAAUGGGUUAGGAACACAGGCUAGGGGAAGCUGAAGCUGCAUCAGAUUUUGUCGGAAGGAAACUGUGAUACAUGACAUGUUGUGUUGUAGAUUUUUGUUUUCCAGUGCUUACUGAGGUUGGCAGCACUACAUCCAGUGCCAGUUUGUGGCACCUGGACAUAAUAGUGCCAAAGUCUGCUCCCAGGUUAGCCAACAGUGACAACUGCACUUAAUUUUACUACUGAGUUGUCUCUGUGUUUGGGGUCAUAAAGACUAGUGAUCUAGAAAUAAUGACCAAACUUGUGUGCCAUGACAAAACACAGUUGAAAGAUGGUUGUUUGACAUUUUCUACCACAGAAUUAAAGUCUUCUAUAAAUAUAUAUAGGAAAAAAUAAUAAUUUAAAAAGCCAUAAGCCUGAUAUUUUUUUUUUUUUUGAGCAGCGUGCAAAAAAAAAAACAAAACUGUCUUCUAAACUGCCUAUAUGUAUGUGUGUAUAAAUAUAUAUAUAUAUAUGUGUGUGUGUGUAUAUACAGUACAUAUAUAUAUAAAUAAUAUAUGCACAUAUAUAGAAUAUAAGCAAUUGACUUUACUGAUAAAAAUCUUAAGUAAUAAAAUGAGAGAGGAAUACAGUUCUGUGGAUCAGUAAUGAAUAAUCUUGGUGGAAUGACAGAUGCUACAAAACCUGCCAUUAAUCUUAUAAAGACAAACAGAGAGAUUCAGCUGACUGUGGAGGGUGUUUCAUUUGUUUCUGGUUCUACAGUAAGUUUUCAUGUUUUUGUUAAUGUCCUUUCAGAGUUGUAUGAAAUUUCAUUCAGUCAGGAUAACACUGUAUAAAAGUUUUUUUUUUGUUUUGGUUUUUUUUGGCGUCCUUGCUUUCUUUUGAAUUUAACCAAUGUAGCCAGCAGGAAUUUCCAAAUGGUGUUGCAUGGGUUCUAUAACAAAAAAAGAAAAAUUUUUUUAUUCAAAGUUCAUGUAAGGUAAAUAAUGUAUUUAGCAUGGAGCAUGAAUUAUUUUCAUAUAAAUAUAGAACAUAGAGAAAAGGCAAUGCCUCUAAUUUUUUGAAGCCCUUGGGCCUAGAUUUCUUUUUAUUUUUUUUCCUUCUUCUUUUUCCCUUUUUUCCUUUUUUUAUUGGAGCAGGCUAUCAAAGGUAAACCUUCUUCAGGGACAAAUACUGACUGUUGGGGAACUUACUCUGCAAUAUGAAAACUUCACAUUUCGGGUAGGGCUUUGAAUGGUUGAAUAUACUGCCUUGUCUGCACAUGUAGCCCACUAAUGAUUUUCAAAUGAAUUAUGUUACAGUGUCUUGUGUUUUGAUUAGUACAUGUCUUGGCUGACAUUUUCAAGGAGAAGUUAUUAGUGAAUAUAAUACAAAUGUAUGUUUCUUCAUCCUGAAAACCACUUCAUGGUCUACAGAUAUGUUCCAGAAUUUUAAUUUCAAUGUUAUGUACAUCUUGUUUUACAUUGUUUUCCUUAUGUUACUAGUGUGUUUGUUGCUAGUGAAAGGUCAGUCUAACACAUUUUCAGAUUAAGGUGUUCAAAACAGUGUUAUAUACAUCUGACUUAUUGGAGCAACAAAUCUUCUAGAAUGCACACCAUUUCACCCUUACAUGCAUGAAGCAGAUUUAGCAAAACCUAAACAGUGGUGCCAAACUCUUCAAUGAAAAUGUGUUACACAAAAUGCGCCUUGGCCAAUGCGCAUAGUAGACUCUGCUUUAUGCUGAUAUAUAAUAAAUAAGGCAAGAAUUUCUUUUCAGUGGACUGGCAUAUAUAUAUGUUAGUAUUUUAUGGUUAAAAUGAAUAAUGCAUAAUGUACUUAAAAGUUGUUCUGCUGUAGACAUAACGUUUUGACCAUGACAGUGUUCUCCUUUUCGGUCAACUGCCCUGCAUUUAAAGUUUGUUAGUGUUAAAAAUGUGCUCACAGCUUUUUUUUUUCUCCUCCUCAUAUUUUCUUUACCAAGCAUAGCAAUAAUUUUUGCACACUCAAAAUUACACUUAUUGAAACACUAAACCUAUCCAUUUAGCCAGGGUAAACAUUGUAGAGAUCAGUAGUGUAACAGCAGAUAAACAUAAGAAAUUGUAAGAAUAGUCAAAGUAUCUGAUUGUAAUUACAACAACAGCUCUGUAUCUGCAGGAAGGACAGCUAUUAAUACAGUGGUACUUCUAAUAAAGAUUUCCAUUUUUGAUGGGGAGAAACAAAAGAAAAAGUUCUGGGCAUGCGUGUUGAAUAUUUCACAUGUUAAAUCAACUGCCAUAGUAAGAGUAAUGAAAAACUCAACUUGCCAGUCUGUUCUGUAGAACCCUAGGAUUACACAAGUGAAUUGGUGAGUCAAAUCCAACUGCCUUCCUCAAAGGGGAAACUGUUCAGUAACUUCCACUCUCUGCAUAACUUAUCCUUUAAGUUUUAUGUUUGCGCAGUGAUUUGAAAGUGGGAGAAAAGAGAAAGGUAGCAAUUUAAUUGCUAAUAACUAGCCAAGCAAAUAAUAGUGAUAAAAUGUCCACUGGGAUAUAAUUGUAUAUUUUGUUUUCAAUUGUGUGCUUUUUUUUUUGUUUUUGGUUUUUUUUUGUCUUUUUUUAUAACCUGUAAACUGCCAUCUUGUUUUUUGUGUAGAAAAUGGGCUUUAGAGAAGGAGUUAAAAGCAAACAAGUUAUUGUUUUGUUCUGAAAUGCGCAGUCUAAAGGCAUGUGCACUCAGCCAAUCUGUAUGAAAUAAUGAAAAAUGUUAAUAUGGAGGCAUAUUUGCAUUCUAUAUUUCCUUGAUGUGUAAUCAUAUUGCCAAAGACAAACUAUUACAUCAGUUAUUGUAAAUAUCACUUUGUCCAUUACUACAACAAAACUUUUUUUUUCUGAAUCCUACCAUACAGUUUCUGUGAUGUAUUGUCUUCCAGUUGCAAUAAAAAAAUUAAACAGUUGCAUCAGUUGAAAA